AUGUCGGAAUCUGGUAAGGAUAGCAUUGUCAAGGGAAUUCAAGAGGGAACGGCCCCCGAGUCUACAGAUAGCAAUAUUAGAUAUGCUGCCUACGCUGCAAGAUUUAGAACCAUUCUAUCUGCUACCCAUAGAUAUGUAGCGUAUACUUCAGAUAUUGGUGAAUCAUUCAGACCAGUCGCACAUCCUCGUCUUGUGACUACAGCAUACGGUAUUAGUUGGGCGUAUCUAAUUGGAGACGUCGCUUAUGAAGGCUGGAAGGCCAGACUGCGCCAACAAGGACUUUAUAGACCCGGUUUGCAACCUUGGCAGCCAGUACCUGAAUUUACUGCUGAAGAACAGGAAUUGAUCAAGGAGGAUGCUCCGGACUGGAGACUUGUUGCUGUGAAACGAGCCGUUUUCCAAUCAAUCGCCAGUAUGGCCCUACCAGCAUUCACAAUUCAUUCCACGGUGCGUUAUUCAGGCAAGGCAUUGAAGAACAUCAAGAAUGUCAAGCUCAGGACAUAUGGACCCGUCGGACUGGGUCUUGCUGUGGUUCCUGCACUUCCCUAUUUAUUUGACGAACCUGUCGAGCAUGCUGUUGAUUAUAUAUUUGAACAAGGAGAGAAGGCUUUCCAACACAAAUAG